CCAUUCGCAAGUGCAUCCUCGUCCAAGUCGGUCACAUCGUCAACCACGACCAGUUCCCGAUCAGUUAGCAACAAGUUAAACAGACUGUUGCAAGCGCAAAUUCCAAUCACUUAAGCUUAAGUGGGACGACUCGACGGACAGUGAAAAUGGUGAUCAAUUUUGGAGCUGGCCCUGCCAAAUUACCUCGGGAGGUUUUACUAGAGGUCCAGAAGGAGCUCGUUGAGUACGGAUCGAGCGGGAUGAGCGUUAUGGAAAUGUCCCAUCGAGGGGCGACGUACGUGAAACUGCACAACGAAACGAUCGAGCUGGCGAGGGAACUUCUGAAGGUUCCCGACAACUACAAAGUGCUGUUGAUGCAAGGCGGUGGUACGGGACUGUUUGCCGCGGUCGCCAUGAACUUGAUUGGGCGUACGGGUUCGGCAGACUACCUGGUGACCGGUUCGUGGUCCUCGAAGGCCGCCAAGGAAGCAGCGAAAUACGGCAAGGUGAACCAGGUGGUACCGAAGGCCGCCAAAUGCACGUGCGUUCCCGAUCCGAAGACCUGGAAGCUGGACCCGAACGCGUCCUACCUGUACUACUGCGACAACGAAACCAUCGAAGGUGUCGAGUUUGACCUUGUGCCGGAGACCAACGGUGUUCCGCUGGUGGUGGACAUGUCUUCGAACAUGAUGUCGCGACCCGUUGAUAUCAAGAAGUUCGGAGUGAUCUUUGCUUGUGCCCAGAAGAACAUUGGCCCAUCGGGUAUCACGCUGGUAAUCGUUCGGGAAGACUUGAUCGGCCAUCAGAUGCCGAUCACUCCUACGAUUCUGGAUUUUUCGAUCGUCGCCAAGGACAAUUCCAUCAACAACACCCCACCAACUCUCAUUAUCUACAUCAUGGGUCGCGUCUUCGCGUGGAUCAAGCGCCAAGGUGGACUGGACAAACUGUACCAGGCAUCCCUCACCAAAUCCGCCCUGAUCUACGACGUGAUCGCCGCUUCAAAGGACUUCUACUACUGCCCAGUGGAGAGCAAAGUGCGCAGCCGAAUGAACGUGCCGUUCCGUGUGGGAGGCGCCGAGGGCAACGAGACGCUCGAGAAAGAGUUCCUGAAGGGCGCUGAAGCGCUAGGGAUGCAACAGCUCAAGGGUCAUCGACUGGUCGGCGGUAUUCGAGCCUCCCUGUACAACGCCGUUACCAUCGAGGAAGCCGAAGCUCUGCGGAAGUACAUGGUGGAGUUUCGCGCCAAAAAUGCCUAAACGAACUGAAUAGCUGAUAGGAUUCAAAUUUAUUUCCAAAAUAAAUACUCUAAGCUACA